AUGGCUCCCGCCGUCGUCUCCGCUGCGUUUCGUCUCCCGUUCGCUACCCGCCGCUUCUCCUCCAGCUCGUCGCCGCGAAUCACGUUCCAACAUUCCACGAUCUGCAUUCGUCAUCUCCGUCGGAUCACAACAGCUUCCUCCAUGAGCCAACAGACUAACGAAAUCGAUGCCUCCAACACGGCGGAGAAACCAGACGACGUCGUCGUGCAGUACGUGGUGCUUCGACGAGAUCUGAUCGAUUCGUGGCCACUAGGAAGCGUAGUAACUCAGGGAUGCCACGCGUCAGUCGCUGCGAUCUGGUCGUUCAAAGACGAUCCAGUAACGCUUCAGUACUGUGAUCCGCAACAUAUUGACUCUAUGCACAAGGUCACGUUGGAAGUUAAAGGAGAAACUCAGAUGAUGAAUUUAUCAGAGAAGUUGAAAUCAGGAGGAAUCUCUCAUAAGUUAUGGAUGGAGCAGCCGGAGAAUAUUCCCACUUGUAUCGCCACAAAGCCUUAUCUUAAAUCUCAAGUCUCUCCUUUCUUCAAGAAGCUCAAGCUUUGCAAGUGA